UUCAAGACCUCGAAACUUGUACUUCCGGAUUAGAAACCUAUUGGCAACCAGAGGAUCCUAUGGAUAUCGAGAGUCAGAAUAAAACAAUUUGCUUCAAUAAUCCGAGUUUCGAUAAUAACUCAUCCAUUAAUCAUGAUGUAAAUAAAGCACUCGUCAAAUCAAGUUCGAUAGUAGUCAGUGUUGAUUCUGGUGCGAAUGUUGAUGGUAUCGAUAUUUUUAGUCAAAUAAAGUUUCCUAAACCUUCUGUUAUCAUUAACAAUGAAUUCGUCUCUAUAAACUCGACCGUAUCUCCUGGAACAUCAUCUACUGCAUGUGUUGAAGUUGAACGGAUUCUCUCAUUGUUAGAAAAACAUAAAAAUGAUAUUGAACGUAUACUAGACUCACAAAAUGUAUAUGCUAUAGGUCCUGAAUUUCAGCAAGGUUGUACUAUACCUUGUAUUGCUUGUUGGGUCAAUGAGACUCUGAGCGAGAUAGUUAUUGAAGAGCUUUCAAAUAUCUUUGACAAUGAAUUUGAAAUUGUAGUGAUACUUCUGAAUACAGAUGACAGCAAUAGUUUUAACUAUAAAUCUUCAAAUAAUUUAUCAGUUAGCUCACAACAAUCAGACGAUAAAAAUGAAUCUGAAGAUAAAAGAAAUGGGGAUGAUAACGAGCAAAAUGAUAGAAAAGAUGAUGAAAGAGAUCAUAAUAAAAAAAACAAUCAUGAAGACGAAGAAUCAAAUGAAAAAAAUUGUGAUGAAGGCGGUGAAAAAAAUGGUGACAGAGGCAGUAGAAAAAACG